AUGGGGAUCUAUGAUCUGUGUCUUCUUCAUGUUUAUUAUGGUCUGUUUCAGCACAAGUAUAGAAUGUCUCAAUACUGGAAAUUCUUAAUGGAUAUUGGUCGAUCUGCUACCAAUGAAGUCCAUGCUAAAUCCAAGUUCUGGUACUUCUUGAGAGAACUGAAGAAGGUGAAAAAGAGGAACGGGCAGAUGCUUGCUAUUAAUGAGAUCUUUGAGAAGAACCGGACUAAGAUCAAGAACUACGGUAUAUGGCUGCGUUAUCAGAGCAGAAUUGGGUAUCACAACAUGUACAAGGAGUACCGUGAUACCACUUUGAAUGGAGGUGUGGAAUAG